AUGAAUGAUUUAAAAGAUACAAAGUCGGAAAUCUCGAUUACUAUUAAUAAAGCUACGGACAUUUACGUUCUAAAAAAAGAAGAUCUAAUAAAAUAUUGUAAAUCAAAAAAAUUAAAUUCAGCUGGUAGAUCAUCCGAUUUAAGAUCUAGACUUAGUAGGUACAUAAAAGGCAUUUUAAGCCCAGACGACGUAGAAAAUACUCUAAGCAACGAGGAACGUAUAAAAAUUAUAAAUAAAUCAAUAGCCGAAAAAAUUGAUCUUGGAACAAUAGAAAAAGAAAUAGGCCUACCCAAUUUAAGUCCUGAAACCUCUCAAAUAAAUACAGAACUCACAAAUAAACUCCUCCACACAACAUUAGAUAGCUUAGAAUUAUUUGACAAUUUAAACAAUAGUGUUAACCUAUAUUCAAAUAAAGCUCAGGAUAUAUUAAAUUCAACCGAAAUAAAUUUUUCCGAAUCUGAUAACUUAAUAAAUUUAGAUACUACCAAUAAUCUUGAAAAUACUACAGUCCCAUUUGAAGGGAAUAAACCCGAAGAAAAUAAUAAAAACUAUAUAUUAAAUCAACCAUCAUAUACACGCAACACACCAAACAUGUUUAACCAAGGCUCAGGGAAUAAAUAUAUGGUAAUAAAACCAGAUAGCUUUUCCGGACAAGGGGAUAUUAAAUUUUUUUUUAAACAAUAUGAAAAAGCAGCAGAAGUAAAUAAUUGGGACGAUAAAGAAAAAAUAAAAUUCUUGUCAAUAUUUUUAAAAGACACAGCCAACUCCUUUUUGGAAAAUUUAGAAAAUAUAAGAGAAGAUUGGACAUGGGGAGAUUUAAAAAACGAAUUUUUUAGUGAAUUUCAACCAAUAGGAUAUUCGAUACUUUUAAAAAAUAAACUAGAAAAUAGAAGACAGGAAAAUUCAGAAUCAACUACGAGUUACGUCACUGAUAUAGAAAACUUGUGUAGACAGGUGAAUAAAAAUAUGAAGGAGGAAGAUAUAUGUAUAUACAUAUUAAAAGGAUUAAAGGAACCAAUUUUAAAUGCAAUUUCCCUACAUGACAAUAGCAAUUUAAAAAAUAUCAGAAAUAACUUAAAAAAAUUCGAAUUGAUGCAAUUUAGAAUAAAUUCUAGGGAUACAAAUCAAAACGAAUACACUAAAAUAUUAAGUGAACAAGUUCUACAAUUAAACAAAAAGACAAAUGACAGAGAAUUUGAAGAAUUUAAAAUAGAACUAGAAAAUAGAGACAGAGAACAUAAAAAAGAGAUUAAAAAAUUAAGUGACGAAAUAAAACAAAUAAGUAUAUCUGGAAAAAUCCAAAAUAAAUCCGUAAACUUCGUAAACGAUAAUUUUGAUGAAAUAAAUAAUUAUAGCCGUUAUAACGGCAGAGGUAGUAGUUAUGAGAAAGAAAUGAAUUAUCAAGCACCCAGACGAAACUAUAGAGACAGAAGUCCAUACCCGGAAGAUUACAAUCGUAAAAAUAGAGAAUCUAAUAUGGACAGACAAUACGGUAGAGAUAGGUCACUAUCUAGAGAUAGGGAAUAUUAUAACAGAAGACAAAGAGAACCCAGUCCAUAUAGAAAUAAUAAUAGAGAUUACAGAAAUAGGUCAAAUUCUAGAGACAGAGACAGCAGCCGAAAUAAUUAUUACAGACCAAAACGUGAAUACAGUAGGGAUAAUAGCCACGAAAGAACACCAGAACGGUAUAGAGACAAUUACGAAAAAGAAUCAAAAAAAGUUACAUGCUAUAAAUGCAAUGAAAAAGGUCAUUAUGCGGAUAGAUGUACUCUAUCAAAAAACGAUUAA